UCGCUGCUGCUGUGCACCGCGCUGCUCACCGCGGGCUGCGCGCUGGGCCUGCAGCUGGGCCUGCGCCGGGGGGCCACGGAUCGCGCGGUGCUCGCCUGGCUCUGCUCCGACGCCCUCGUGCACUGGGUGCUGGAAGGAGCUUUUGUCUACUUGGCUCUUGUAGGAAACAUUGCAGAUACCGAUGGGUUGCUUGCGUCAUUGUGGAAAGAAUAUGGCAAAGCUGAUGCAAGAUGGCUUUAUUUCGAUCCAAACAUUGUGGCUGUGGAGCUUCUGACUGUUUUUCUGGAUGGGUUUCUGGCAUUAGUCCUGAUUUAUGCCAUAGUCAAAGAGAAAUAUUAUCGGCAUUUCAUACAGAUCGCCCUGUGCGUGUGUGAAUUAUAUGGCGGUUGGAUGACCUUUUCUCCAGACUGGCUCGUUGGAAGUCCCAACCUGAACACCAGCAAUUGGCUCUACUUUUGGAUCUAUCUGGUAUUUUUUAACGGUGUGUGGGUUUUGGUGCCAGGACUAUUACUGGGCCAUUCGUGGGUGGAACUCAAGAAAAUGCACCAAAGAGGAACUCAUUCUAAAAAGCUUCAGUGAAUUGAUGAAAUAAUAAACAUUAUUAUCCACAUGGAAAAAA